GUCUGGAGCCUCCGCCACAAGAGAGAAAGACGCGCUGACUCCAGGAAGACCAGCAGCUUUGAUCAGGGCUCAGCUUUCCUUCCACUUUGGAACAACCGAACAGAGAGACUUUCAUUUUUGAGGUGAGGAAGUUGUUCUUGGUUCUCCUCGUUACGCAGGCGGCUGCGCUCGUCUGCGUGGGAAACACUGAGAGAAGGAGCAGAGCGCUGCUUCCUCACAGCCAUGAGUUCUCAGACGAGCUUUGGCAGCAGCAUGCUGUUUCAGACCAUAAAUGAUGACCUGAACGCAUCGCUGGCUACGGCUGAUGAGUUAUCCAGAGAGUUUAACUCCAUGCUGAAGGAGGCCUCGUCCUCCAACAACAACAACACGACGUCUGGCCCUCAGAUGCCACAGAGCAGCUUCAGUAUCCCCAAAGAGAAGCCUCCGUCUACUGGGUCUUCCAGCUCCUCCAUGUCUCCGCGGAAGUCGACUGGCAGCGCCAACGGCAGCACCAGCUCCUCAGCCUCCUCCUCUUCCAGCUCGGCAUCCUUCCGUCCCAUCGACUCCAUCAUCUCCAGCAACAAAAAUGUCCCGACGUCCCCCGUCUACCCCAGCAGCCCGCUCUCGUCUCCCAGGAUUCACAGGGAGACCCAUUCCCCCCUUCCCCGAGCCGGAUCCGACAGCUACUCGUACAAUCAGCUGAGCCCCAAACCGUCGCCGCGGCACAAUCCCCCCUCGCCGUUCGACAGGAGCCCCCGAGGUUCAGUUAGUUACAUGGAGAGGAGCCCUUCUCCGAACCCCACAGGCAGUCCUCUGGACCAGCCAAGUCGCUCUCCUUCAGGCUCCCUCAAGCUGCUGAGUCCUUACGACAACAGCCAGAUGGGCCGCAGGUCGCCUCGGCCAGACAGAACCCCGUCUCCGCUGUCGUUCAUGUCCAGCACACUUCCCCGGAACUUUAACAGCUUAAGGCAACCAGAUGAAAGCAUGCAACGGCAGAAGAGUCCCUCCAAGUGGAACGAGACUGAUCUGGACGUGUCCUACGAGAGGAAGCCUCACCACACCUACGACAAGACGGAGUGGCUGCGGCCGUCUGUGCCAAACAGCAGCUGGAGAGAAUCCAACCUGGACGGUCCCCCUCCGGCCCCGGGCCCCAAAAAGGAUCCUCGGUCUAAUUCUGUCCAGUAUUCUCACAGCUCUCUCCCCCGUAACGCUCGUAUAUCAGUCCCUCCAGAUGUCUCAUCCCCGUCCCAUUCCCCUUACCACUCUCAGCCCAUCAUCUCCCGCAUUUCUAUUCCUCCUGUUGCCGCUCCGGCCCGCCAGCGUAAACCCAUCCCUCUCUCUGUCAUCAUGCGCCUCCAAAACCCCCACUGGGGAGCCAUGACGACCCGCCACCCCCGAGUGCUGGGAGGAGAAGGAGACAUGGCACCUUAUCAGCCGGCUGUACCCAUCCCGAGGGAGUUCUUCCACCAGCCCAUGCUGCAUCCACAGCCGGCCGAGCUGAGACAGCCGGCCAUAUACAGCGAUGCUCUGAACCCAGGGGAUGUCGACGCGGAGCUGGAGCGGCUGGACUACGUUCGUCACAUCCCCGUGAUUCUGGAGAACCCCCCCACGCCGGAGGGCAGCGUGGAGGGCAUGCCGAUCGCUCCCCGGCCCCUGAGCCCCACCAGGCUGCAGCCGGUCGUGGCCCCCGAGGCCCAGAGCGACGUGAUCCCCGACCUGGAGGAGCUGCUCCGCAUCAGGUCAGAGAUCCCCCGAGCCCUGAAGAGGCGUGGAUCCGUGGACCAUUCGCUGCCACUGAAGAAGGCCUCGCACUACCAGCCCAACCAGUACAAGAACCUCAUCGACAAGCUCUUCCGCCGGAAGGAGCGCCGCCAGAGGGGGGAGCAGGGCAGCGAGACCAGCAGCUCCUCAGAUGGGGAGGACGCUGCCAUGCCUCCCGCUGCUCUACCUCAGUCGUCCACCGGGAUUCCACAUAGCUACCAUUCGAUUCUGCGGCGGUCCAGGGAGCGCAAAAGUUCUGGAAGGCGAGCUCGGCUGAGUCCGCUGGUUCUGCUGCUGGAUGGAGCUCUGGUUGGAGAGCUGGAGACGGUGCAGAGAGCCGUGCAGGAGAUGAAUGACCCCAGCCAGCCCAAUGAUGAAGGCAUCACUGGUCUCCACAACGCCAUCUGCGGGGGGCAUUACAACGUGGUGGACUUCCUGGUUCGCAUCGGAGCCAACGUCAGCGCGCCAGACAGCCAUGGAUGGACUCCUCUGCACUGCGCGGCGUCGUGCAACGAUCGGCCUCUGUGUGAGUUUUUGGUGAGGAACGGAGCUGCUGUCAUGGCCAUGACGGAGAGCGACGGUGCCACCGCCUCCCAGAAGUGUGAUCCAUACGCUGUCGGGUUUGAGGAGUGUGAGAGUUUCCUGAGAGGCGUGGAGGAGGCCAUGGGGGUGGAGAACAGCGGGGUGCUGUACGCUCUGUGGAGCUACCCGGCUCAGGCAGCCGACGAGCUGAGCUUCAAAGAGGGAGACAUGGUUACCAUCCUGCAGAAACCCGACGGCUCUGACUGGUGGUGGGCUUCGCUCUGUGGCAGGGAGGGCUUCGUUCCAAACAACUACUUCGGGCUUUUCCCGAAGGUUCGACCAAAGUCUCUCUGUUAGGCGGCCUCUCGGUGAUGAUCCGCUCUGGUCGAACCGGUGCAGAGGACCGUCUCACUCGUUCACACUGUUAUUUGAAAGGACUGUGUCUGUAUGAGAGUGAAAGAGCUGAGAAAUAAUCUUGAUCUGUCAGUCAAGGAGAGUUGAAGGAGAAGUCUCAGUAUUCAUUUUGGCCACACUGACAGGGAUGAAUCUGUUUUUGUUUUUUUUAAAAAUGUUCAUUCACACCGGCUCUGCUGUUGGACUUUUUCUCUCUCGUAAAGCCACAACUUUGCAUCUCUAUCCGAAGUAUUUACAAAAGGGUCAACUUCCCCUGCUGUUCUGCUCGGCUGUGUUCCAGUCAGGAGUUUCUGACUCGAUGGCUGGUUACUAAUCAGAAAGCAAACAGUCCACUCACAAGGUCAAUGUAGGUGUGUGUGUGUUGUCACGAUUGACUCAGUUUAGGUCGGCGUGAGUUCAACCUUCUCAACAGCGGAGGAGGAGUUUGUUUGUUUUGCUGCUACAUCGAAGCAAAAGGGAGCAGUUAGGAGUUAAAAUGCGACUUUUAAUUCUUUGUAAUAGUUUAAAAAAUGUAUUCUAUGCACUGUUUUUUUGCAAGUAGUUUCCCCGAUUUUAGUGCUAAUAUCCAACUGGAACUAUUUUGUGAAGCAACUACAGUGACCGAUGGAUGGUUAAAAACAUCCAUGACUUCAGUAGACGAAUAUGAGUUUUGAAUUAUUAGGAUUUUUCAUAGUAUUUACAAUCAGCCACAGUGAGCUGGUUUCUGCUCGGCUUUUGCCCUUCCUGUUAUAUUUCUAUGUUGUCUAUAUAAAUGAGUAUAAGUGCGUUGACAAGGAAACUGGUGUUUUUGUGGGUGUGUGUGCGGUAGAAUGAGCGCGAUGCCUUUUGUUUUUCCCCUUUAGAUGUCAAAAGUUUUGAGUGUUUCCACACAGUUUUCACUUCUGUUGCGAGGGACUGCUGUGCGCCUGAGGGCCUCACAGUGACCAGAUGUUUAAAUAUUCAAUAAAUACAUGAGCUGUGUGUUUUUUUUUUUUUGUUGUUGUUUGUUUUUAUGGUCAUGGUUUGUGGCUUAAAAGUACAACUGUGAAACUUCCGUUACUGACCAGCAGAUGGCUCUGUAUUAUCAAGUAUCAACUCAUCAGCAUAGCAUUUGUAUUACCUUCAAAAUAUAAACUAACCUCUGAUAAACCAA